AUUGAAAAGAUUUGAUUUGUCAAGAUGGAAUUAACUCUGGAGGAAUUAGCACGGAUUGCACUCGGUGGACCGGAGUUGAAUAAUGUGAAUGUUGCCGUGUUGCACAGUCUGUUGAAUGUCUUGAUGAAGAAACUGGAUUGUGGCAAGGAUCUGGUCACCAUUGGAGGAUUUGAGGGCAAGUGUUUGGAGCGUUUGUUGGAACGAUCAAAGAUCUCUCCAUUACCCUUUGGUGUGGAGACCAUUAAACCAAUUUCCAGUGAACUGGAAAAAGUGGAGGCAAUGGAGAAACGUAUUGCCUGCCUGGAAUGUAAAUUGGAUGCACAUUUCCAGCAGAUACGUGCUUGCAACAAGGUCAACAGCAAAAAGUAUCAGAAACAGAUCUGGGAGGAAUACGCAUCACCCUGUGAGGAUCUGUGCACCGUGUGUGAUGAGGACAAUAAGAUUGCCUGUAGUCUGCUGCAGAAUAUGGACUUUAUGAAGAAACUAUUGAGGCGUAUAGCCUCGCCCAUGAUGGAUCAGAUCGAGGACAUUCAAAAGGGACUCAAUGCAUUCUACGAGACAUUGAAGAAUUUCCUAAAAAAGACGGAGGCACUGUUUGAACGCCUUGAACUUGUCAAGCAGUGUGUCAUUGAGAUUGAGAACCUAAGGGAAUUGGUCAAGGAAUAUAAUCUCACGUUUAUUGGCACCAUGGAAGAGUUGCAGGAUAUGCUGGACAGCAAACUGGACAAGGUUCAUAUGCCGGCUCUUAAGAAAUACAUACGCGAUCACUUUGAGGAUAUCGAGAAUCGAUUGGCCAAGAUCGAGGACAAGGAUACGUGUCCACGUGCCGCAGGAUUUGUCAACUCUGGCAUACGUUGCAUCUCCUGUGGCAACACGCGCAUUGGCGUCGAUGUUGGCCCAUUGAAUGUGGGCCCAAUGCCGGAUGCCACGGCCAAGAAUCUGCCACCAAUUCUACAGGACAAUUGCCACAAAACUUUUGUGUAUCGCACCAACGAAAGGGAACCAACUUUGAUGGUGCGAGUGAAUAAUCUGGAUCUGGAUGUGAUAAAGCAACGCUUGAAUCGACCCUCGGGCAAGGUAUGCAAACUGCCCGAUGCCAAUGACGCCAUUUAUGGAGUUCGCAAUUCCGUUUACAAUGAUUAAGUCUCUGCAUUUUCCCCCCAUUUUAUUCAAAGUUGUUGGCACUUACAAAAUCGUUUCGUUUACAGCAAUAAACUCUUAAAAAAAAAAAGAUGCAUAAAAAA